GGAAAACGGCGCAACGCCGUGCCCUCUCACGAGGGCUUACUUGCAGGAUCCUCCCACGGGCAAUCAUGGCGCCAACGUUGCAAACAAGUGAACAGUGACGCCUGACCAAAAAGCAACAUGACGUUGGAACUUUGGGCUGGCUGUUGUAAGGGAGAGUGACCCAGAACCACGUGUGGAGGCUCGUGGAUAGGAUUCAGAGCAGCCACUUGUAUCACAAUGGAUAAUUUCCUCCCUUUUUUCUGGAUUGGUCGGCCGAUGGCUCUCACUUGCACGGUAUCAGAAAUCAGAAAACAGAAGCUUUCUAUGUUGGCUGAGAGUCUCAUGAGGUCUCCCUGCGCUCGUUCCCCGACAGAGUCAGCACACAUCGUGAGAUUCGGACCAUGGGCAAGACUUUACGCAGCUGGCCAGGGCCCUAACACUCAUCACACCAGUUCGUGUCUGCAGUCAGUGUCUCAUUCUCGUUCAGCAGUGACAACCUCGAGAUCAAGAGAACCGUGCGCCGGCGUUAUCUCAGAUAAAGCAAUGUUUUCUCUUGACAGGUCCGAUUCAGCGACUCAUGAAUCCUCACACUAUCCAAGGCUCUAAUGAUUCGCUUAGAGAUCUGCGAUGACGCUUUGUCUUGCGGAUCUUACGCCGGUCAGCGGACUGGCUACUGGCUGAAUCGCUAGGCGACAUGGACCCCAAGUAAAACCACGACGACGGCCAAACAUAACGUUACCCAGCAUGGCUCAGCUCUACGAGAGUCCGGCUCCUGGUUAGCGUCCGGAAGAGAGACGUCCCUUAACACUAGCGCCAGCGACCUGCUUUUGCACGCAAAAGCUUAUGCAACCGACGAUCCACACUGGAAGCCAUCGUCUAAAACUGCGACUAUUGCUUGCACCCUCCCACUCAUACCGAGGGCGGCGCCUGUGAGGGGAUGCAGCCGUGCUCCCUUGCGUUGCAGUUUCACUUCAACGGCCCCCAGCUCGGGCCAUGAAGCCUGGCCAUUUCCUUUCAGACCAGCAACUGACAGGACUCGGCGUUCAACUCGUCUUCAAAUUCUCCCUGCGUUGAGCAGACUUUCGAGAUGUGAUCGACAUCGAGGGCCAGCGCUAUUGUUGAUGUAAACAGGGAUCUGCGCGACGGUGCGCCGGCUUCACCACCGCGUUUGGCUUACCUCGAAAAAGCACGAUGGGUUCGCCCAAAGUCUUCUAGAGUGGUUUCUGGCUGGUGAAUCACGGGUGUGACUGGGAAAGCACUUUCGCAUUCCUCGAGGAACCUUGUUUUCCAGCCCCAUCUGCAUUCCACCAUAUAACCAAGACCUUCCUCGGAUUUUGAACAUGGAGAAUAUCUAGCUCUAUUUCCUACGCUCCUUUUCUGCUCGCCAGACGGCAGCUUCGCACAUUACUAUUAGAUCUUGAGUCAACGACAGAGAGAUCGGUCAUUAUGGAGUCAAGUGCAGAGGCUACGUCUACACCAACUGCCGCAGCAGCGGCGCCUGCGUUCAACACUGCGCCAGUUGCGGUCUUCUGGCUUGCCUGGGGUGGGUUUUGGACAGUGCUUUUGCUCUGCGGUAUGGCAUUUCUCUUUGUCAACCGCAAAAUGCCCUUUCUGAGGAUCCGCGGUCUGGCUUUGUCGUUUGGCGCUGUCACUAUGCUCCACCUCUACUGGCUUUCGGUGCAGAUCGGGCUUGCCAUCGGCCAGUUCGUCCCCGAUGGCGCCGAGUUUUGGGUGAUGGGCCUCUACCUCCCCUUCGGCAUUGCUCUUUUCCACGCUUCCAACAGCCGGUUCCUCCACAUCGCCAAGGCGCAGCGGAAAUAUGCAGAUAAGCCGCUCACACAGUCCAACCCCCAGUUGGACACCAGCAACGGGCCGGACAAGACCCUGACGGGGAAAUUCCGGAAGCUCGAUUACACCACCAAGAUGCUAGCCGUCGUGUGCACGGGCAUGCUUGUCCAACUUCUUCUAACAGUGGUCAUGUAUCUGGUCUCGCGAAAAUAUCACCCGUCGUUUGGUAUCCCCGGCACUGAAGUGACGGGAACUCCAGCGCAGCAAAAAGUCGAGAUGGGUAGGGGCUGGGAAUGGUGGCCUUCUGUAUUUUGGCAAUUUCUCUGGGCUUGGCUGGUCGCACCUGUGAUUCUCUGGAAAUCACGGGGAAUCCAGGACACACAAGGGUGGCGUCUGCAGACCAUUGCAUGUUCUAUCGCAAGCCUUCACGCUACCCCUAUGUGGCUUGUCGCCUUGUACGUCCCAGCGAUGGCGCCCGUCAAUGCCUACUUUAUCCCCCCGCAGUGGAUCUGCCUCUCCAUCACCUUCAUUGAAAUCUUUGCAAUCUUCAUUCCCUGCUGGCAAGUCGUCAAACAUAAGACUCUUAGGCAGGAAACGCUCGAGUCCAUCGCUGUUUGGGAAGCCAAGAACAAGUCACGCGCCGGGAGAGACUCUGUCAUCACCGGAUCGACCAAGGUCGGCAGCCAAGCUUCCGUCAGUUGGAAAUCGCUUGCACAGCUCGAGAAGGAUACCAGUCAAGCAGAAAGUGUCUACACGAUGGGUGCCCUCGAGUACGUCUUGGACAAGAACCCCGAGCCCCUCCGCAAGUUCUCUGCCCUCAGAGACUUCUCCGGCGAGAAUAUUGCCUUCCUGUCAGCCGUUGCCGAAUGGAAGUCAUCAAUCCCUCAGAGCCCUGGAUCAUCACAUCGAUCAGCCGAGAUCUCACGGGAACGUUUCAACCGUGCCCUGCGCAUCUACACCGAGUUCAUCAGCCCUUACCACGCCGAGUUCCAGAUCAACAUCGCAUCACAGGACUUGAAGCGGUUAGAAGGCGUCUUCGAAGGCGCAGCUAGAAUACUAUACGGCGACCGAACGGAACGCUUCAGCGACCCUGUAGUGCCAUUCGAGGAUAACAGCUGGGGUGGACCUGAGUCAACAGCGGGUGGCUCUAAGAUGAGCUGCGUAUCACGAGACGGUAGCGGUGACCCCAUUGCGGAUCGGGUGCAGUACUGGGGCGAGAUCCCCGAGGCUUUCAACGCUGCUGUCUUCGACGACGCGGAGUCGAGCAUCAAGUACCUUGUCCUCACCAACACGUGGCCCAAGUUCGUCAAGGAGAGGAGGUACUCACUAGACUCUGAGGACUCUGGGGAGACGGUCGAGACAUUUCAGUCAUCGUCAACAUUGUCGUCACGGGUCAAGAAGUACUUCCGUACCAUGAAGGUCGUGGUAUGAUCUUGGAGGACACGAGGCAAGGCACGGCAUUGGUUGUUUUCUCUUUCCUUUUUCCUGCGAUGAUAUCCCCAGUCUGCAUGAGUUUCCUAUACCAAUUUGUAAUUCACCAUCACCACAAAAGCCAACAUCAAUGCCAAAGUCACUGCCAUGCACCAUAUUCUCCCAUCGCAAGAUGCAUGCAGCGUGUUGUGGAAUCUGAGACAGAAUCGAGAUCCAUCCACGUGUGCUCUGUCUCCGUAACCUUACUGCUGUGGAAUUCCAUCAGCAAGCCAAACUCCGUGGAACCACACCUUCUGUGCCUUUGUCCACCUCCAUGCUAUGGUCUACUCGUGCACAGCCAUGUGGCGAACGUUUAGAUCCGGGAUCGCCACGCCACGGGCCGGGGCACAAACAAAGGCGGAGCGGGCGUUGGAGGCAGUCGACUUCGGCAUGUCGUGGACACGAGGACGGGAUCACUUAUG